GAUGUUGGUUUCUUCGCUCGUCGCCCUCGGUCUAGUCGCCUCGGCCACCGCCUCGUCCGGCAACUACACCCUGCCCGACGGGUUCGUCCUGAGCGCCAUUUCCUCUACCACUCGCGGUAUGCUAGUCGAUGAUGCGCGUCUUUCGUUCGCGUUUGACUAAUUGGUCCUUCCAGCCUCUUGGUGUACUGCGGAGCGCAACUCUUGCCCUGAGAUCUGUGGUGGAGUCGCCACCAGCAACUCCUGCGAUUCGGUAAGCGCAUCUCUGAACUUAAUUGAGAAAUGGAAAGGCUCAUAGCAUUGCGACAGAGCACCUUGGACUUUUCUUGCAUCUGCUCCAACGGUUCAGCUGCCGACGUGGCGCUUUACGCGCAGACCGUCCCCUCUCUCGUUUGCGAGGCCAACUAUGCCCAGUGCAUUAGCAACUCGUCUAGCUUGACCGAGGAGGAGCAUUGCGAGGACUAUGAGAAGACCUGUGGUACCCUUAACGCAUCGGCUUCCUCGACUACCUCGUCUACCACCUCGAGUGCCACUAGCCUGACCACGGCCACCAGCACCAGUACCGCCACCGACAAGUCCAGCACGACCACUGGGACCAGCACCUCCAGCAGCACUAGCAGCUCAUCCACGGCCAACGCCGCCGUCCGUUUGGCUCAGGAGCACGCGACCGGUCUAUUGGCCACAACCCUGUUUCUAGGACUGCGCCUGCUGCUGUGAAUGAAGGAACGGUUGAGAGCGAAAAUGACUCGAGUCAGAGUGCGUGUAGCUUGCAGACGAGUCAAAGUCAACUGGUC